CUUUCAGUUGCAAACAUGAAACGAAUCGCUGUGGUGGGAGCUGGAACGGCUGGCUUAUGUGCUGCCCGACGUGCCCUGGAAAAUGGUUAUUCGGUUACGAUCUAUGAACAAAAUAAUGAAAUUGGCGGCACCUGGGUAUAUACGGAUCAAGUGGGCACAAAUGAAUAUGGCAUUGAGGUACACAGUAGCAUGUAUCAGGGUCUGAGGACAAAUCUACCCAAAGAAGUUAUGGGCUAUCCCGACUUUCAAAUAGAUGGCUAUGAUGAAUCGUAUGUUCCGUCAAAGGCCAUAGAAAACUUUUUGGGUGCAUUUUGUGCGAAAUAUCAAUUGGAGAAAUAUAUUCGGUUUUUGCAUUAUGUUAUUCGAAUAAUGCCGAAGGAUAAUCGAUGGGAGGUUGUUGUCAAGAAUCUUAAAACUGGUUCGGUUGACUUCGAAAUGUUCGAUUAUGUUAUGAUAUGUAAUGGUCAUUACCAUACACCGCUUUAUCCAACAAUCAAAGGUUUAGAAACAUACCAAGGUCAACAAAUACACAGUCAUGAUUAUAAGAAUGCGGAACGGUUUCGCGAUCAAAGUGUUCUCAUCAUUGGUGCUGGGCCCAGUGGCAUGGAUUUGUGUCAUGAAAUUUCCAAAGUAGCUGAACGUGUCACCCUAAGUCAUCAUAUGCCAGAAACGCCAAAAACACAAUUUCGUCCGAAUGUAAAUCAAAAACCUGAUGUUGCUUACACCAAAGGUUCCACUGUCGUUUUUACAAAUGGCGAAGAAGAAAAAUAUACAAUUAUUUUCUAUUGUACUGGCUAUAAAUAUGCAUUUCCAUUUUUAUCGACAAAUUGUGGUAUCUAUGUUGAUGAUAAUUGGGUACGACCACUGUAUAAACAUUGCAUAAAUAUUGAAUAUCCCACAAUGAGUUUUAUCGGUAUACCCUAUUAUGUUUGUGCUGCACAAAUGAUGGAUUUGCAAUCACGUUUUACUAUGGAAUUUUGGAAGGGACGAAAGGAGCUACCCAGCCGGGAGGAAAUGCUGCAGGAUACAGAGCAGGAAAUGGAGAGGCGUUUUGCCAAGGGCUAUAAGAAACGUCAGGCACAUAUGAUGGGAGAGGAACAGAUCCAUUACUAUAACGAUUUAGCCAAGACAGCAGCUAUUGAAAAUAUUAAACCGGUUAUGACCUAUUUGCACAAUGAAAGUAGUCGACGAUUUUUGGACGAUUUAUUACAUUUUCGUGAAGAUGUCUUUCGUAUUGUGGAUAAUGAAAGCUUUGUGAAAAUAAAUUAGGACAUGA